AUGUCAAACCCAACUCCUGUAGCCAAGCCUGGAAACGCAGACAACCCUCGGGUGCUGAAGGGAAUGGGGGUGGUGAAGAUGCUGGAGGGAAUAGAAACAAAGGACGACAAUCCUGUCAAGCCCUGCAUCAUUGCUGAAUGUGGAGAACAUAAAGCAGGUGAUGACUGCGGCAUCGCACCUAAUGACGGCUCAGGAGACGCAUACCCAGACUUCCCCGAGGACUCUAACAUGGACUUUAAAGAUGCAAACAAAGUCUUGUCUGUGGCAGAGGAUGUGAAAAACAUCGGGAAUAACUUCUUCAAGGCUCAGAACUGGCAGUCAGCCAUCAAGAAAUAUUCAAAAGCUCUCAGGUAUCUAGAGAUUUGCGGCAACACCUUAGAUGAUGAUAGUGCCCAAAAGAAGCUGGAGCCCACAGCCCUGAGCUGCAUUCUCAACACAGCCGCCUGCCGCCUCAAACUGAAACUCUGGCAAGAAGCUAUCGAGAGCUGUGAUGAGGCCCUGGAGCUGAACCAGACAAACACGAAAGCGUUGUUCAGGAGAGCUCAGGCCUGGCAGGGACUCAAAGAAUUCAACAAGGCCAUGAUUGAUCUGAAGAAAGCACAGGAGAUCGCACCAGAUGACAAAGCAAUUGGAAACGAAAUGCUGAAAGUGAAGCAGCAAGUGAAGGAAGAGAAAGAGAAAGAAAAGAAGAUUUACACCAAAAUGUUUGCGUAACGGAAACUGCAGUGACCUCACUCCACACCGACCUACCGGCAUAUGUUUACUUUGCACUUGUGUCUUAGUGUUUAAAUCUAAAGCUGGGUAAAAAGGCUUUGGAGUCUCUAAUUUAGGAUAUAUGUCAUGUGCCGUUUGGAAAGAAAGUCAUAUCGUCUGCUGUGUUAGGAAACAAUUUGUCUGUCAGUGAAGGGACAGUUUCAGUGCAUUUUUAGUGAACUGAUUUAAAGAUGUCUUGUAUUGAUUGCUGUUUAAGAAAGAAUAGACUGACUUUAAAGACUAUAAUGUUUUUUGUUUUAACUGCUGCUCAUUUUAUCAAUCGAUGAUGAAAAAAGCAAAACUUUUUCUUUGUGAAAUGAGAAUUGGUCAUGUCAUUUGCGUGAAAUAAAACAAUGGAUAUUUUCAGGGACUUUUGGGUUUGUAGUUCUAGAAAACAUACCAACAGAUUGGAAUAAUUCAUUUAUUUCUAACUGUUACAGUUACCAAAUUUGACAAUAUAUACAAAACUGUCAGUUUACAGUUAACUGCAUCAUGGUGAGCUAAAACCGUCCACUAGUUGUUAAUCCAACAUGAUCCUUUUUCUUCUUUUAUGACACAUUCCUUAGACGUAAUAUAUAAAAUUCUUUCAAAUGGUACAGUUUUCAUCAAAACUGAAAUUUGCAACACCACUUUACGUAAUUACACUUAAAGCUCAUAUCAGACAGGAUAUGAGGACAUUCUGUUCCUUAGGCACAUCAGAAGGACUCUUUAAGGAAGGAAGCUUUAGCCCUGAAAGUUGAGUAAUGUGAUUUUGAACUUGUGCGAUGUACCCCAAUAAUAAAAACGAUACAUAAUACUGAAA